AUGUCUGAUUAUAGUGAUGAUUACAUGGAUAUGGACGAUGAUGAAGAGGAGUAUGAGUUCGAAUUCGAAGAUGACGAUGAAGUUGACGAGCCAGACCUCCCAACUCCUGACGCUGAAACUAGUCAGCAACCAAACUUCCCUACAAACAAAAACGAUGCAAGCACCAAGACAUUAAAGAAUAAUGAUCUUGAAAUGAUGUAUUACACAGCAAAAGCAUUAAAAGAUGAUGAUGCUAGCCAAGCUUUAAAGAGCUUUAGAGCUAUAAUUGAUUCGAAUGCUGGCCAACAUUCCACGUACGUCUUCAAGUCUAUCAAACAGAGUUUGAAGCUCGUGUACGAGCAGAGAAAUAUGCCUGCGAUGCUGGAAUUGAUCAAGCUGUUUGUCAAGGAGUCUUCAAACGUUCCUCCCAAGUAUAGGGAUGACUCCAUAAAAAAAAUGCUGGACAAUUACGAUAAACUUUCCUAUUCAAAUCCUGAAGUUUUAAGUUCCAUUUAUGAUGAAUUCCUUCAACUAAUUUCCACAGAAGAUGGCAAGUAUUCAAACGAGUCUUUAUGGCUUAAAUUGACGAUGAAAAAGGCCAACAUUUCCACUGAUCCAGAGAUCAAAAUGGCACUUAUUAGACAAAUGCAUAACGUACUAGAUGGAGCUAAUGAAACAUACAUAUACAAUAGCUAUUUAUUGGAAUGCCUUUCAAUGGAGAUGGAUACAAGUUUGGAUUCCUCUACCUCUUCAACACAAUACUCAACGUUGAGACAACUAUAUCACAAAGCUUUAUCCAUCAAUGUUGGUAUUCCACAUCCUAGGAUACUGGGGAUCGUCAAGGAAGUGGGUGGAUUGGUUUACAGUCAAUUGAAGGACUUUACCAAAGCCAGUGAGGAAUACUUGGAAAGUUUCAAAAACUAUGACGCUGCCGGAAAUCCAAAAAGGAUCCACGUUCUCAAAAAGUUAAUCGUGUCUACUAUAUUGAGCAAAAGUGAAAUUAAUCCUUUCCAGUCUAGAGAAUUUGUGUCAUUUAUUGAUGAACCCGAAGUUGCCAAACUAUUGGAACUAUAUUCCAGUGUUCAGAAUGAUUCUAUCGAUGUUUUCAACCAUUUGGUCAGAGUAGAUCCUUUUUUCAAGGAAAUCUUAAAAAAAGAUGCUUAUUUGUCGAAUAAUAUGGAUCUAAUUGUUCAGUUGAUGUACUCUAAAGUGCUUUUGGUUUUGAUAAAACCCUUCAAAAAAUGUUCUUUCUCAUUUUUAUGUGAAUCGCUUCAAACCGAUCAGAAUGUGGUGGAAGAUUUGCUUCUUCGUUUACUUCACCAGGGGAAAAUCUCGGACUUUAGAUGUGAUUUUGAAGAUGGAAUUGUCAUUUUCUAUUCAAAACCUGCUUCGAUAUUACCUGAUUUCAUGGAUAUAAAUGAGAUUUUAAAUCAUUUCAUUGCAUAUCCUGAGGAGCCUUUUAAAUUGUUGAACAAAGAUGAAGUAAAUGAAGUGGAAAUGGAAAACUUUGAUGCCCCUGAAGUGGAGGAACCAGAAAUUGAUGAUGAUGAUGAAUCAGAUGAUGAAAACCCCCUUCGUGUCGACAGUAACCUGGAUUUUGGAAAGAGAGAUGUUUCGAAGAGGUCCAAACAAACUGCCACGAUGCUCAAUGCCACCCCUCUGAUGUUAAAAGUCCUUGGGGAUGCCAUAAAUGUUGAUUCAACCGGAAACAAACCCAGGGUUGCCGAUGCUGAUGUCAUGAGAGCAAUAUCCAGUUGGAUCAAGGUUGUUAAUAGAUGUCUACCAAAGCGAAUAGCUCAAACGCUGUCUCAAAUCGAGCAAGUUGCAUUGGAGCAACAGGAGCAGUUGGAGAAAAACAGAGACAGGAUAUUGGAAUCCUUACGAAUGCCACCGAGGAUUUGA